AUGAUGAAAAGAACUUCUAAGUCAGCACAUCACCAAAAUGAAAAUCGCUAUACGUUCCAGACAUUUUCUGAACGUCUAUCCCAGAUAAACAUAGAUGUUAUUCGUAAAGGAAAACGGCAAAUUGGAGGUACUGAGGACUGCGACUCCCAUUUUGUUGAUGGAUUCCUUCAGUGGCGUGAACUGAAUUGCACGGUUCAUUUUGCAAACUUUAGCAAAGAAAUAGCUAGAGAUGUAACGACGUAUGCGCAAGUUGUUCACCACAAGGAGAAGAUAAUUAACGCUUUGAAGACACAUCUGCAGAUUCCAAAUAGUUUAGCGUAUAAGCCCCUCUUAGACCUUGUGGUACAAUUAUCUAAAGAUUUACAGAUUGAUUUCUAUCCAUAUUUUCAAUCAUUUUUUGAUAUCAUUGUCGAACUCCUCAACAACCACCCACAGGAUACUGAGUUACUUGAAGAUGCCUUCCAGUGCCUUGGUUACCUCUUCAAGUUUCUAUGGCGAUAUCUGCUGAAAGACAUCCAGGAUGUUUUUCUUUUCUAUUCACCAUUACUUGGGAGUAGCAAGAAAGAUUAUGUCAGACGAUUUGCUGCUGAAAGUUUUGCCUUUCUUCUUCGUAAAUUAAAAGACUUUGAUAAAAUGAUGUACUAUAUCUUACAUCACAUGGAAGAAAAGACUGAGUUAUGUGAAGGAGUCGGUAAACUAUUCUUUGAAAUGAUGAAAGGUGUAAAGACACAGUUUCACUCGUCUGCUGAAAAGUACUUUUCAGUUUUGCUGUGCAGUUUGGGAUCGGCUGAUUGCCGAGAAGAUUUGAACUUUCAGUUAGUUUACGAUUGUCUAUUUCACACGGUUACAUGUAUGGCAAAACACAGUAAAAGACAGUCAACAUCGUUUGUGGCUGUCUUGUUGACUAAAAGAGCAACUCAUCUUAAGAAUCUAACGUUGGAGAACAGUGAAGUAUUUCCAGAGUUGCAAAGUGUUUUGAAACUAUUACAAGUUUGGAUAAAGCAGAAAGGCACAUCUAUGGACACAAUCUGUAUAUUACCAGAGUUGCUAGAUUGUGGGAAUCUUUCCUCUGAUGUUAUCGAUGAUAUCUUGGCAUUAGUAUCAGCACACAUAGAAGAUGAUUCUGUCAGUUUCAAAGACAAAAAAGAACUUCUUACAUCGGUUUAUGGUAAUCAGCUGUGUACAUUUCAUCAAAUAAACAUGUUUACUCAUCGGUUACUAACCUUAAAUAAUUUUGAUGAGUUGGCAUUACCUUGUCUAAUGGAGUACUUUAACAAAGAUGAAAACCCUACAAACGAAAAGAAAACAGAACUAUUAUUCUUAUUAACAAAAGUUAUAACUAAUAAAAGAACAUUGCCACAGAGUAAGGAAGAAUUGACUGCAUUCCAGCAGUACCAGCUGAAUCUAAAUAGGUUGGAAAACAUUACCUCAAUAGUUGAACAGUUAUUGAUAUUGAGUGAAACUAUGACUGAUGUCUUACUAAGUACACAGGACAAAGGUGUUACUGAUUUGAUGACAGUGGUGCUUUGCCAGUUAUUUUGUACAGAUGAUGGUAUAUUCAAAGUUUGUUUGGAUGCUGAGACAGAACCAAUUACACUUCAAUCGUACAGGGAAAGACUUCGGCAUUUGCAACAAUUGAUGUUUAUACCAAGACAUCGUUAUGCUAGGGUUCCCUUAUUGUACCUGUUAGGUUCGUUAUAUAUUAAUUUGAGUUUAAUCUGGAAUCCUGUGCUCGGUUUUAUCAAGACUCUUGCUUAUGAGAUGGAACGUGAUGAAUUCUUCCAUGUCUAUACUGAACAUCUGAAAUCCACCACAGACAAACUUGAAGACAUCCAAUCAGAGGAUAGCGUCCCUGCACUAAACACUUCAGAAGAAUGUAAUACUGUCUCUGAUUUAUUGGUACAGUUAUCAGAGACAUGCUUCAAACAAGAUGAUAAACCUGAUCAUUAUAAUCAUCGUCAUCUGUUAUUAAAAGCCAUGGCAACCUUUGCUGAUAAGGCUGAAGGGAAAUCUCGCAUAUUAACGCCAGUUUUCUUGCAUUUCAUACAAAAAGAGUACGAGCCAACUGAUCAUAUUGUUGCACCCACUGAGGAUUUAAGAGCACAGUCCACUGUAAAUAAGAGAAUUGUAACUAAGAAAGAAAGAAAGCUGGCGAUCAAAUCUUUGAUUGAUUACAUGUCAGUUUUUUCAAAAUUUAAAGAUCCAAAGUCGUUAUAUCAAGAAUCAACACUCAGGGAAUUGUAUCUAAAGCUCCUCUGCCAUCCAGACACAAUAGUCCAACAACUCUCCUUAAACUGCCUACUGUCCUAUAAAUACAAAUACCUUGUGCCUUACCAAGAAAACUUGCAAAGGUUAUUGGUGGAGAAGAGUUUCCGAGCAGAACUUGUUGCAUUUAGUUUGGAUGAGGAUAACGCUAUUGUACAGAAUGAUCACCGAGAACAACUGUUCCCAUUACUCAUGAGGGUUUUAUAUGGUAGAAUGUUGAAUAAAUCUGGAGGGAAAUCCAAGAAAUCCCACAUAUUAAGAUUUAUUGCUGGGUGUCAGUCUUCAGAAUUAUCUCACUUUAUACAGCUUAUACUGGAGCCUAUCGAUGAAUGGGUCAAAGAGAAAAAUAUUAACCUGGAUUUUUCAGAAGAAAGUUUCAAAUUGCAGUCGUUUGUACCAUUGAAAAAACUACAGAGUGUUAUAGAGGUGUGUGGUCUGUUAUUGAGUAACUUGUAUCAUGUGUUGGAACCAUAUCUAUCGCUUGUGUUACACUCAGUACUGCAAAUUACAUCUAGAGUUUCGCUUGUCUUAGAGCAGAGAGAUUUGGUACAUAUCAAGUACGUGAAACCUCUGCGUAAAUUACGACAGCUUGGUGUAGACGUAAUCAAUCAAUUCUUCCAACAAUGUGAAUUGUACGAAUACAGCGAUAUCGAACUACAAGGCCUGUAUGGUGGGAUUGUGUGGCCGGUUAUACAAAGAUUGACACAGGAGUGUCUGUACAGUCCUACGGCUGUUUUGAAAUUAGCAUUCACAUGGACUCAGCAUCAGAGAUUGCAUCCAUUAUUGGUUUACUAUCCGGACGACAAGCUGUCCCUGCAAGUAUUGGGUCAAAUUAUGGAAUUAUUGUCCAAUAAACAAAUUGACCAAUCGGUGACCACUAUGAUAAUUGAUAUGAUUGAUAAUUUGUUACCUAUACAAGAUGAUGAUGAUGACAUCACAGAUACUAUUUAUAAUUUCCCACCCAAGUAUAUCAAAACAGAUGCUUUCUGCUCUGAAUGCGUCCUAAGACCGUACAUACUGACUGUACUUCAGUAUCUCAGACAAGUUGUGCAGGAAAAGACCAACAGGAAAAAGAAUCAAAAGUGUGCAAUACCAAUGAAGGAACUGCAUAUCUUAUCAAAACUGAGUACGUUUGUGAGUGAUGGACAGGAAUCUUAUCAAUUGAUUGAUAUAUUAUUACCAAUUCUACGACAAAUUCCACAAGAAAAAGCAGAUUUAUUAUUGGAAAUACUGGGAAUUGUUAAGAAGUUAAUUAUUCAUUGUAAAAAUCCACAAAACUUUCUCAGACCACUGAGCAAACUGUUGUCAUGGUUAUCAACAACUCCAUCAAGAUCUCUUUGCUGCGAUAUAAUUACAUUGAUAGGUGCUGCUGAUGAGAAGGUUGCUGAACUUUGUCAGUUAAUUGUACAGUUGAAUAAGGUGGAUAGACGCCGGUUAGAAGAGCCUGAUUACACUGUCAGAAUAUCGGCAUAUACUAAGAUAUCUUCAACAGUCACAGAAAUGGAUUACGUAGAUUUGAACUAUAUCAUACCCAUUAUGCACAAUUGCUUCUAUUUUAUAUCUAAAGUUGAUGAUAUGUCACUUCGUGAUAAUUCUUCAAAUAUUCUACAAAUAAUAAUAGAGAGAAUAUCCAAGGAGCCAAGUGACAAGUUACAGUCCUUGUUUGAGUUAUGUGUGAAUCAGAUGAUAAUACCAGCAAUAAAGGAGGGACUCGGCAACAAGAUGGAGAACGUACGACAUGAAUACAUACUACUGUUGACCAAACUGGUGAAAUACUUCCCAAAUAAGUUUCAAGAUUUACAAGUUCUUCAUGAUAAAGAUAUUGAGAAGGAUUUCUUUAAAAACAUUACUCAUAUACAGCAACAUCGUCAAAUGAGAGCCCUUCGUCUGGUCGCUCAAAAAUGUGAGACCAAGGAACUAGGGACGUACGUCCUGCAGACGUUUUUGUUGCCAUUAGCAACCAGUGUGAUAUUUGAUGCCAACCUCAGUAAAAAUCAUCAGCUUGUCUUGGAUGCCACUCUGACCAUUGGUGCUAUUACCAAGUGUUUACCAUGGCAACCGUACAUCAAAGUGUUGAAAUAUUACCUUGGAUUGUUGAUGACUGACACAUUGCCUCAGAAGAUGACAGUCAGAUUAUUAGCAAAUAUUUUGGACAGUUUCCAUUUUGACUUGACCAAUUAUAAGCCAGCAAUGAAAACAAACCCUAAAGAUGUUGAUGAGGGCUGUACUGGAAACAAUGAUGAAACAGUUACUGAGCAAGCUGCAGAUGAAUCCAAGUAUAAUACCAUAAUAAACAAGAUAUUACCAAAACUUGAGAAAUGUCUAACCCAGAAGGUCGAUAGCGAUGAUGAACAUCGUUCAGUUCGUAGCCAUGUUGCCACGGAUACUGAGAUUGUACGUAUACCUUUAGCGAUCGCAAUAAUAAGAUUGUUAUUAGCGUUACCAGUGCAAGUCAGAUAUCAACAUAUACAAAGAGUUGUUUUGAAGCUGUGUCAUUCUUUAAAAAGUCGGUCCAGUGAUAUACGCGAAUCUAGUAGAACAACAUUGAUCAAGGUCAUGUCUUAUUUAGGAACGGAAUAUAUUAAAAAUGUUAUUGGUGAAUUACAACAUACCUUGACUAGAGGCUAUCAGAAACAUGUACUGACAUUUACUAUCAACGCAGUGUUACAAGGGAUAAGUGAUGGACUCAAACCUGGUGAUCUGGAUACAUGUGUUGAUAUGCUUAUACAGAUUUGUAAUGAUGAGUUGUUCGGACAAAUUGCCGAAGAAAAAGAAGCAGCAGCUAUUACGAGGAAUCUCAUGGAAGCUAGAAGUUCAAAAAGUUACGAUAUAUACCAUAUAUUAUCCAAGUAUAUAUCCGCAACUCAUCUGACAAAGUUAAUUUCUGCAAUCAAAACAGUUUUAGAUAACACACACAGUCAUAAGACUGUGAAGAAAGUAGAAGACGUUCUGAGAAAAUUUACUCUUGGUUUGCUGGAGAAUAAAAGUCUAGAUGCGAAGGAUAUAUUAUUAUUCAUACAUGGUAUUGUUACGCAGACGUUACCGUUCAUGAUUAAAGACACUCAAGAAGAUAAAAAAUCUACCAAGUCUAAACACCAACAACACAGUGUAUUACUAUUGCCGCAGACACCACAGAGGAAACCUAAGGCAACUGUACAUAGGAAAACCAAUCUACAUGUUUUGGUAGAAUUUGGAUUACAGGUGAUAAUAGGAUCUGUACAGUCGUUAAGUCGUCUCAUACAGUACUCGUUGCCACAGUUGAAUGAUCAAGCCGGUAAACUUGCUGGCUUGUUAUUUCAACUAUUGAAGACUUAUGGAAGAAGUGGAACACCAAAGGGUGACAACUUGCACCUAGUACAGUGGUGCUUUAAGACGAUGACAAUGUUUCUGAAGAAUAUGCAACGAUAUAAAUUGACUGAAGAUCAACUGCAAGUAUUACUAAGUUUUGUGGAGGAGGAUAUCUAUGACACCACCAGGCAGUCAACAGCGUUUCCAUUACUUAAAGCAAUGUUGUCACGGAAACUACAAUGUAAAGAGAUAGAGACUGUAAUGGAGAAAGUGGCAGAGUUGUCAAUCAUAUCAGAAGCCAAUAAUAUACAAGUGCAAUGCAGACAGUUAAUGUCACAGUUUUUACUGGACUAUCCUCUCGGAAAGAAGAUACGAAAGUAUCUAGAAUUUUAUGUUUCUCAGUUAACAUACGAAUACGAGGGAGGAAGGAAAUCAACUCUCGAAAUGCUAGCUGCAAUGUUCAGUAUAUUCCCUCAGAACUUAUUGGAUGAGAAUUCAGGACUAUUUUUUGUUCCUAUGGCGUCAUCUCUUGCUAAUGAUAAUUCAGUUGAAUGCCGAAAAUUGAUAGCAUUGGCCAUCAAAACACUCCUAUCAAAGGAGGAAGUGGAAGAUAAAGAAGGAGACCAUCUCUUGUUUAAUUUAUUGACUUGUUUUGGUAAAAUAUUACAAAACUGUGCUUUCAUCAUGAAAGCUAAAACCCAUGAAACUGUUGUAAAGAAAAUGUGGGUUCACAUACAUAGCCAUAUAUUACAUAACCAUAGCUGGGUCAGACUGGCUGUUAGUCAGUUAUAUGGUCAGAUGUUUACCAUAAUGACAAUAGAUGACGUUUUUCAUUACUGCGGUAGUGACUUAAUAUCGCAACUGGUGCAGGAUUUCUGUAAACAAUUACAUUCCAAGAUUACAAAUGCAACGCUCGUGGAUCAGGAUGUGAAAAACCUUGUUUUUCUUGGUAAACUAAUAGAUCAACAUCAUGAUAGUGAUGACGAGACCAAUCUCGCAUGGUUGAUGUCAAGACUAACUCUGAUACAAAGAUAUGAGAGAGCUAAUACCACAUUGGGUAAAGAAAGAAGAACCGGUAUUUUGAAAUGGAUUGCUGGAAUGUCUGUUUAUUUUACCACUGAUCAAAUUAUUGAACACUUACCUGUAUUGUUGGAGAUUGUGCAUAAAGAAUUACAAAACCCAUCGCGGAAAGAUGUUGAUCUCAGGACAUUAGCACAAGAGGUAGUUGAUAUAUUGAGAAGUAAAGUGGAUGUUACUGUGUUUACGGCAGUCUAUACAAAGGUUAAAAUUUCACUGGAAGGAAUCAAAAUAAAAAGACACCAACAGGAGGCACUGGAGGCUGUAGCUGAUCCAGAGAGGGCUGCUAAGAAGAAAAUGAGAAAAAAUAUUGCUAAGAAAGAAUCAAAGAAAAGAAAAAUAUUUGAAAGGAAACCAUACAAAAAUAAAAAAUUCAAAAAGUAGUAAAUUUUUUAUCUCACAUGGUUUUAAUCAAUGUAUGUGACCAGGU